AAUAAUUUUGGCGCGAUUUACUACGUCAGUUUGAUGCACACAAACUGUGACCUGAAAUAUAUUUUUAUUAAAAGCAAACGUUAAAAUUUUGAAUUAUUUCACCAAAAACAAACCACAAUGGACACGACUGCACGUAGAAGAAAAAUCCAAAAGACCAUAGCACACCCCGAAAACGAUCUUUAUAACCACGACGUGAACAUGUACAGUGAGAGACCUCAAACCGUGAUAAAUCUAGAAGAAUUCGAGGAACUGGCUUUAGAAAGAUUACAGCUACUCAGGAUAAUCGAACAGGCCUCGCUAAAAGGUUUCAAACAGUAUUCCGAGGACUGGAAAAAGACUAUCAAGGAGGACUUGGCGAAAAGUGGAUUAAAAAAGUAUAUACGACUGAUAAACGGAUAUUGCACCCAAACGGAGCAAGACAUUCAGGCCCGUCGAGCUGACCAUUACUCGCACUUCAUUCUUCGACUGGCCUACUGCCGAUCUGAAGACCUACGUAGGUGGUUUAUUAACAGGGAAAUGGAAUGGUUCAAAUUGAGGUUUAUAUCGCAGAGUCAGGAGGGAAUAAUGAAGUUUUUACAACAGAACAACCUGACUUACGCUCCCAUCUCCAAUGAACUGAAGGACGAGUUGAAAUGUGAACUCGUCGUUUCCACCUCAGGCAUAACUGAAGUAUCGUUCGAAGGAACUGACUUCUACAAAGUGCCGUUUGGAGAAGUUGUGCCUCUAGUAAAAGGCAGAAAAGUGUUUAUACAGAAGGGAUAUGCUUUCAUUCCUACAGCCGAUUUGGUUGUGUGUGUGCUGUCUAAGUUCAGGGCUCAGCUCAGCGAGUCCUUGAAUAUUUACAAUCACCGUUUGCCGUCAAUCGACGAUGACAGAGUAAAUUCCCUGCUCAAUGAUUUACACAACACCUACACCGGCAAGGAGUAUGUAGCCAAAGGGGACAAGGAUCGCUUAGAUCCUGCCCAUUUGGACGCUUACUCGAAGAAACACUUUCCGUUGUGUAUGAGAAACAACCACGAGGUACUACGAUCCACACAUCACUUGAAACAUUUCAGUAGACUGCAGUACGGUCUGUUUUUAAAAGGCAUAGGGCUGCUCUACGAGGAUGCCAUGGAAUUCUGGAGAGAGGAGUUCACGAAAAUCAUGGACGGCGACAAGUUCGAUAAGCAGUACACGUACAACAUCCGUUACAAUUACGGCAAAGCCGGUAAACAAGUCGACUUUUCUCCGUAUAGUUGUACCAAAAUUAUAAUGAACAAUGUGGGACCAGGAGAGCACCACGGUUGUCCGUUCAGGCACUGGGACCUGCCCAUUUUGAAGCAGAAGAUGGGUGAAUAUGGGGUUAGUUCGGAAGGGAUAGAUUCCGUCUUGGAUCUGGCAAAAGCCGGUCACUACCAAAUCGCUUGCGGCAAAUAUUUCGAGUAUACCCACAACCAGCCCCCUUCUAUGACAAUCAACCACCCGAACCAGUACUUCGAGGAAAGUAUGAACUUAGCGAAGGAAAAGUCGUCGAAGAAGACGUGAUGGUCACGAUAUGUUAUCGAUUGUUGGGGUUCUGAAAGCAGGUCUGCCCCCACAGAGCUUAGCCCGAGAAUAACAAGGGCAGGUCAGAGAUUUCUAGUUCGUUUGUUAAAAAAAGUGCAUUUUGAAGAGCAAAGUC